GGAAAGAUUUGAGUAAGAAUAAGAUGUAUCUUUCUAACGGUAUGGCUAUUUUGCAUCGAGAGGAAACUGCGGGACGAUGAAUCCGAUCCUUUGCACAGGACGGGAAAAUAUUUAGUGUAUAAUAGACCUUGUAUUUGGGGUUAUAGAGUGAAGCCCUGCUUCGCCUCGCUAUGCUUUCUUUCAUGCGAGGAAUCCCCUGCAGUGGCAAGCUCCUGGGGUCCUGCGCGAAGUGGGGGCCCCUUGCACAGCAUAGGAAGGCGCUUCUAAGGACUUGCGUGUGCAUCAGGCUCGGGCAAGGGUCGAGAGCCGAGCGAUCCGCCCCGCGCCCUGAUGUAGCCUUUGCGAGCGCAAAGCGACACAUCUGGACUCCCGAAGGGGCCCGGAGAGCUGGGAGAACUGAAAACAGCGGCAGGCAAGUGUCUGUGCAAAGAGGCCAUAAAGAAGAAGUAUCGCUGUCAACUGCUCAGAAAGUGAAAGAAGCUGGGCGAGAUUUCACCUACUUGAUAGUGGUGGUGAUCGGCAUCGGUGUCACAGGUGGUUUAUUCUAUGUGAUUUUUAAGGAGCUGUUCUCUUCCUCCAGCCCCAGUAAAAUCUAUGGAGAUGCCCUGGAGAAAUGCAGAGCCCACCCUGAGGUAAUAGGUGUUUUUGGUGAACCCAUAAAAGGUUACGGUGAAGCAACACGCCGCGGGAGAAGACAACUGGUCAGCCACAUUGAGUAUGUAAAAGAUGGACUGAAAUACAUGCGCCUAAAGUUUUACAUUGAGGGCUCAGAAAAAGGAAAGCAGGGAACAGUUCAUCUGGAAGUGAAAGAGAAUCCAGAAAGUGGAAAAUACGAGUAUCGUUAUAUAUUUGUGGAUAUUGAGGUCUACCCUAGAAGAACCAUAAUAAUUGAAGACAACAGAUAGUGAAACAACUGAAGUGACCUUUCAUUGCAGUUUGUGGUACUGUAGUUUACAAAAAUGGGAGUAAUGAAGUAAAAGUCGGCUGAAAGGUCAUUUUGCAUCCUCACGACAUACCCGUGUGAAGGCAGUGGAGCCGCUGAGCUUAUGUGUAAUUCUGCUGGGUAAAUACUGGAAGUAGGGAAUCUUUGUUGUUAAUAGAAAAUGAAAACUGGGUUGACACAGUUAAUAUAAACCGGCAUCCAGCUGUGGCAGCGGCAAAUAUGAUUUAGCAAAGAUUGUUUGUGGUGAAUCACAGUUUUAUACAAGCAGCCUUCUCAGGAUGAAUUUCCUUUGUUUGGAUUUGGAUUUCAUGCAAGUGCUACAAUAAAGAAGACAUACAAAAC